AGCUGCAAGUGAACAGCUGACAGCACGUUUUGACAGCCGCGCAUGGCGAAAAAACAACAAACAUCUAGUACAAAUAAAAUAUUGUAUACAAUAACUUGUUUUUAAUUAAAAGAAGAAAUUUAAAAGAAAAUGGUUAAUUCACCCGCGGAACAAAAACAAGAUAAACGUGUGUUUUUCGAGAAUGCGCAAAUGGAUGAAAUGGCACAGCAUUUUGUUGGGAAUCUAUAUAGAUAUCGUGAAAAUAUAGUGCUCCCUUCUAGUAAUGGACCAGUGCAAAUAAAAACCAACGAGGAAAAAAUGAUUGAAAAGACAGUCGAAAGCUGCGCCUUCAAGUCUAUAACUGCCUGCGUUAUGGGUUAUGGUUUGGGCGCCGCUAUCGGUUUGUUUAGCGCCUCGGUCAAUCCCAGCCUAACAGAUCCAUUAUUGCAUGAAAAGAAACAGACAGCACGUGAGAUUUUACGAGAUAUGCGCAAGACAACGCAUGGUUACGCCAAGAAUUUUGCCAUGAUUGGUAUGGUGUUCUCAGGUGUGGAGUGCACAAUCGAAAGUUAUCGAGGUGUUACCGAUUGGAGAAACGGUACCUACGCGGGCGCCGUUACAGGGGGGCUGAUUGGUCUGCGUGCGGGCGUUAAGGCCGGUAUUGUGGGUGCUGCUGGUUUCGCCGCAUUCUCAACUGUUAUUGACUACUAUAUGCGGCAUCGCAUGUAGAGAAAUUGUGAAAAAGAGCUUAACUAUUUUCCUAUUGAAUAAUAAUUGUGUUAGUCUGUUAGUCCUUGUUACAAAGUGUAUAAUAAUAAAGAGUCGAUUAUUAUGCAGUAAAUAAAACAAUUUUGUAAACAAAUUUAAGCUGUAAAAUAAAAUCGCGAAUUAUUCAUAAUUAAAAAUA